AUGUACAGAGCCGCAGCUUCUCGCCUCAGGACUUUUAAGGACCGAACAAGUAAUAGGGGAUUGACUAGAUUUACAAGUACGAGUGCUGUUGCGACCAAGACAUCGUCAGGGGGUUUCUUUAGCUGGUUGACUGGCGAACAUUCUUCGUCACUUCCUCCUCUAGACUUCCCACUCAAGGAUGUUACACUUCCACCUCCACUGCCUGAUUUUGUUGAGCCUGGGAAGACCACUAUAACGACUCUUCCCAAUGGUCUCAAAAUUGCAUCUGAAACGUCUGCGAACCCAGCAGCUUCAAUUGGGUUAUAUGUCGAUUGUGGCUCAAUAUAUGAAACUCCAGUGUCAUUUGGUGCCACACAUCUCCUGGAACGUAUGGCCUUCAAAAGCACAACUAACCGGAGCCACUUGCGUCUUGUUAGAGAAGUUGAGGCAAUUGGUGGCAAUGUCAUGGCUUCCGCCUCUAGGGAACAUAUGGGUUACACCUAUGAUGCUCUGAAGACCUAUCUCCAUAAGGUGAGUGCUGAGGUUAGUGAAUGCUCUAAAAACCCACAACACUUGCUUUUGGAGGCUAUUCAUUCUGCUGGUUACUCUGGUCCCUAUGGGAAUGCUCUUUUGGCUUCAGAAUCUGCUGUGAACAGAUUGAACAGUGCCGUUUUGGAGGAGUUCGUUGCUGAAAACUAUACUGCUUCUCGGAUGGUCCUUGCUGCAUCAGGUGUUGACCAUGAUGAGCUAUUAAAAUAUGCAGAACCACUUCUAUCUGACCUACCUAAUGUACCACGUCCAGCUGAGCCAAAGCCAGUUUAUGUAGGGGGUGAUUAUCGUCAUCAAGCUGAUUCAGGGACAACUCAUUUCGCUCUUGCCUUUGAACUUCCUGGUGGUUGGGUCAAGGAAAAAGAUGCAAUAGUUUUGACAUUGCUCCAGAUGCUUAUGGGAGGGGGUGGAUCUUUCUCAGCUGGUGGUCCUGGGAAGGGGAUGUACUCUAGACUAUAUCUCCGAGUCCUGAACGAGUAUCCCCAGAUUCAGUCAUUUUCUGCAUUCAACAGCAUUUACAAUCAUACCGGAUUAUUUGGAAUUCAAGCUACCACUGGUUCUGACUUUGUAACAAAAGCAAUUGACAUAGCAGUUAAAGAACUCAUUGCGGUUGCCACUCCAGGAGAAGUUGACCAGGUACAGAUGAAUCGUGCUAAACAAGCAACAAAAUCUGCUAUAUUGAUGAACCUGGAAUCCAGAAUGGUUGCUUCAGAAGACAUAGGUAAACAGCUUUUGACAUAUGGAGGGAGGAAACCAGUCGAACAUUUCUUGAUGGCUGUAGAUGAAGUUACAGCAAAGGAUAUAGCUUCCGCUGCUGAGAAGCUUUUAUCAUCUCCUCUCACAAUGGCAUCUUAUGGAGACGUUAUUUAUGUUCCAAGUUAUGAUGCGGUUAGCAGCAGGUUCCAUUCAAAAUGA